ACUUUUGAAGUGGAAUGGAUGGGGAUAUAAUGACUCCAAAUUCAUCUUCAAUAAGAAGGGGCAAGCAGAAUUCACAGGAAAAAGGUACAGAUUAGGUGGUAUGGUAUUACCAACUUUUAAGGAAUGGAUAGAAAAAACCUUUGGAGCAAGUCUGGAGCACAAAACUACCUCUAGAGCAUCCUUAAAUGUUAAUGAUGUACCUCCAUCCAUUGUAAAUGAAGAAUUUCUUCAGGAUCUUAGAGCCACUAAAAUCUCCUAUUCCCAGGAUGCAGAAGAUAGGGUAUUCAGAGCUCAUGGUCACUGCCUACAUGAGAUAUUUGUACUCAGGGAAGGAAUGUUUAAGCGAAUUCCUGAUAUAGUUGUAUGGCCUGUUUGCCAUGAAGAUGUAGUUAAAAUUGUGGAAUUAGCCUGCAAACACAAUCUCUGCAUAAUACCAUUUGGUGGAGGGACAAGUGUCUCUAGUGCCCUUGAAUGUCCUGAAGAAGAAAAAAGAACAAUUGUGUCUCUGGAUACAUCACAAAUGAAUCGGAUUCUCUGGAUAGAUGAGAAGAACUUAACAGCUUGUGUGGAAGCUGGCAUUGUUGGACAAGAUCUGGAAAAACAGCUUGCUGAAAGUGGCUUCUGUACAGGCCAUGAACCAGACUCCAUGGAGUUCAGCUCACUAGGAGGAUGGGUAGCAACGCGAGCAUCAGGCAUGAAAAAAAACAUCUAUGGAAACAUUGAAGACCUGGUGAUUCAUAUAAAAAUGGUAACUCCUAGAGGGAUAGUAGAAAAAAACUGUCAAGUACCUCGCAUGUCAACAGGACCUGAUAUCCAUCACUUCAUUAUGGGAUCUGAAGGAACUCUUGGAGUGGUUACUGAAGUGACAAUAAAGAUUCGCCCAGUCCCUGAAUACCAGAAGUAUGGCUCUGUGGUCUUCCCCAACUUUGAACGAGGGGUGGCCUGCUUAAGGGAAGUGGCAAAGCAGAGAUGUGCUCCUGCAUCAAUUCGCCUUGUGGACAAUGCACAGUUUCAGUUUGGUCAUGCUCUUAAACCACAAGUUGCUUCCAUUUUUACGUCAUUUUUGGAUGGAUUGAAAAAAUUCUACAUCACAAAGUUUAAAGGAUUUGAUCCCAACAUAUUGUGUGUAGCUACCUUGCUCUUUGAGGGUGACAGAGAGAAGGUUCUUCAGCAUGAAAAGCAAGUCUAUGAUAUUGCCACCAAGUUUGGUGGUUUGGCAGCAGGAGAAGAUAAUGGACAGAGAGGAUAUAUGCUGACAUUUGUCAUCGCUUACCUUCGGGACCUGGGCCUGGAUUACUAUGUAAUAGGAGAAUCAUUUGAGACAUCUGUUCCUUGGGAUAGGGUUUUGGACCUUUGUAGAAAUGUAAAGGAAAGGAUAGUAAGAGAAUGCAAAGAAAAAGGUGUUCAGUUUGCUCCUCUUUCCACCUGUAGGGUGACACAGACUUACGAUGCAGGUGCAUGUGUCUACUUCUACUUUGCCUUUAACUACAGAGGAAUUAGUGAUCCUAUUCAUGUCUAUGAACAAAUUGAGAGGGCUGCUAGAGAAGAAAUACUUGCCAAUGGAGGAAGUCUUUCACAUCACCAUGGAGUAGGCAAAUUGCGGAAGCGCUGGAUGAAGGAAAGCAUCUCUGAUGUUGGCCUGGGAAUGCUGAGAUCUGUAAAAGAAUACGUGGACCCCAAUAAUAUCUUUGGAAACAAAAAUCUUUUAUAAGGCCCUGCACAAAUGAUGUACUAAAACUUUAAAAUUACUGUUGAAAUUCCUCCACUUUCAUUGUAUUGAUAUCCCAGUAAUCAAAUAUAACAUAGACUAAACUUUCAAAACUAGUAACUUACAUUGAUUUUU